AAUGCUGUGCAGAUAGAGGGGCAGACAGAGAGAGCGAGGCGAGCCGUGGACGGGAGGGGGGUGAAAAAUAGGAAGGGAGGCAAAGAAGGGGAGGAAAGAGGGGAUGAACCUCCUAAAAGACAUAAAUAGGCGAAAGAGGACUUGAAUCUUUGCAGUCACUCAUCCCGACAGCCACAGCCACUGCUCUCCUCUCCCCCUCUCCUCACCUCCAGCCUUCCUCUCCAAUCAUCAGCUGCAAACCUUCAUUCAUCUGGAACCCUGAGCAAAGCCAAUCCUCCAUCCUCCCACAACCUGACCCUACCAUGGACAUCACAAAGAAAGCCCUCUCCAUAUUUGAGGCCCUCUAUCACCUGCUUGUCCUGAUGCUGACACUGGGCUGCAGCAUCCAGUCAAUGCCCGUUCCUACUGAUGUUCCCAUGUGCACCGCCCCAGAAACAGCUCAGUAUCGACUCACAUUUACUGGAAAAUGGACACAGGCAGCUUUCCCUAAGCAAUAUCCUGUCUACCGUCCCCCUGCUCAGUGGUCAAACCUUAUAGGGGUGACCCACAGCUCCGAUUACCACAUGUGGCAACGUAAUGAGUUUGCCAGCAACGGAGUGAGGGAGUUUGCGGAAAAAGGCGAGGCCUGGACGCUCAUGAAGGAAGUCGAGACGGCCGGCGAACGCAUCCAAAGCGUUUAUGGGAUCCUCUCCGCUCCUGCUGUUGUGGGAGGCACUGGCCAGAUGAACACAGAGUUCGAGGUCUUCGCCAGGCACUCCUAUCUGUCAUUUAUCGUGCGGAUCGUCCCGAGCCCAGACUGGUUUGUGGGUGUGGACAGUGUUGACUUGUGUGAUGGGGACCACUGGAAGGACAGCGUCACGCUGGAGCUUUUCCCAUAUGAUGCAGGAACUGACAGUGGGUUCACCUUCUCUUCUCCAAACUUUGAAACUAUCCCACAGGAUAGGAUCACACAGAUCACCUCCUCAUUCCCAAGCCACCCCGCCAACUCCUUCUUCUAUCCCCGCUUGAAGCACCUACCGCCCAUUGCCAAGGUCACACUGACUAAAGUAAAGAAGACAAAUCAAAUCAUCAGCCUUCCAGUGGAGCCCACCCAGUCCAACCUUCUGCCAUCAGGAAACGAGAUUGAAGACAAGCUCAUAAACACUCCUCUGGACUGUGAAGCGUCGGCAUGGUCUCCCUGGGGUCUGUGCAAAGGCAAGUGUGGAGAGUCAGGUGUGCAGCACCGCACGCGCUACGUCAUAAUGCACCCCGCCAACAACGGAGUGGCCUGCCCCCUGUUGGAGGAGGACAGGAAGUGCUUCCCGGACAACUGUUUAUGACUAGGCCAGGACAGGAGGGCGAAGAAAGAGAGAAAGGAGAGGAGGAAGAGGAAAGAGAAAAAAUCCAAGAGAGGAAGGAAGGGGCGAAGACGGACGAGCAACAAUAAAAGAUCUGCGGUAUAUUCACUUGAGGUUUAGGUGUGAUGAACUACAUCCCAAUGUGUUGAAUACCGAUGGCUUUUUGAAUUAGGGAGAGAGUGACUGCUGUCUAUCCAAUUCUUUUGAUGGAUGUGAUAAAGCUAAAAGGUGUAGUUUGGCUAAAAAAAGAGCUAUUAGACACCAAGUUAGCCUUGGCACACGUCAAAUAGACUGGGGAUAUGACAAUGUUGUAACAAUAAAGGGAAAACUCAUGAUCACACUGAUAUUGAUAUCGAUUUGACAAUUUAAAGAUCACAGAGUUAAUUGUAAGAGAUACUUUUAAAGUCCAAUAAUCAGAUUGGGGGCAAGGAAUGAGAUAUUUCCCCCCAAAACUUGUUGAGGAAAUAUUUUCAACAGAAAAAUCCACGUUUCCUAAACAAUGUUGCAUUUAAAAAAUGUUUACAGAAAUGGUGUGGUUGUUUUCCUUAAGAAAAAGAAUGUAUUUAUUGACAGGAUUUUAACCUGUGAUGUACAGUAUAUAAGAUCUGAAAGUAAUGACCAGUAUUCCUCUAGGUUAUUGAAAUAUCAGUCUAGUAAGUGAACAUACACUUUUUGUAUAAAGAAGGAAAAACAAAAAAAAAUGUAUUGAAAAUGUGUAUGUUUUUUGUACAGGUCAAAUAAAGUG